AUGCUGAAGGCACAUAAAGAUGAAAUUCUGCGGGUAAUACGUGAAGAGAGCCAUGGGCCAACCGAGCAUGUACGCCUUUAUGACAAAUUUGCACCACUGAUAUCACAACAGGCCGAGCAGGACCUAGAGCACUUCCUGGUGGAGCAGCACUCCUUCCAGGAGAUGAUGAUGGAGGCGACACGCUAUCGGCAGCUGGCUGAUGAGAUCCAGUACGACUCUCACAGGGCCUACAUAAACAACGUUGAAGCUGAAGAGAUGCCCAAAUUGGAGCAUCAGCUCACCGAUUCCAUGAAUCGUCUCUGCUUCUUGGCUGGUUAUGAGUUUUCUCCAAUAGACAUAAGCCUGAACAAGGAGACCUUCCAGUGGUACAUGCGCAUACCUUCCAUCUUCGAUGAGCACCGAGAGAUUGCUAAGGAGAAGACUGUACAAUUCCAGGAGUUCCUUAAGUUGCGGUGCGAGAGGUUCCUGGAAGAUCUGGAAGGCUAUGCAAAGCAGGUGGAGGAGUUUGCCUGUUUCGGGGAUCUGUCUGAAGUCAGCAAGUAUCUGAAAAAGGCACAGGUGCUCAAUUCCAAGCUGGAGACUGCCAUGGAGAAAAUCGAAGGCUUCAACAUGGAGGAAGAAGCAUUUGGGUGGCCCGUCUCCCAGUACCCUAUACGUAAGAAAGUCCAAGACCAGCUGCUCCCAUACCUUCGUCUGUACCAAACAGCUACCGAGUUUCAAGCUGAGCACCAACAGUGGCUUAACGGCCCUCUCACCUCCAUCAACCCUGACAAGGUGGAGGGCGACGUCAGCAACUACUCCCGCUCUCUCUACAAACUGGAAAAAAGUUUUCAGGACUUGCCCAAGGCUCUUAACAUCACCACCCAAGUGAAAGUGGAGGUGGAGGCUUUCAAGCAGCACAUCCCCUUGGUGCAGGUUUUGUGUAAUCCAGGCUUGCGAGACCGUCACUGGGAGGCCAUGUCAGCCGUGGUGGGUUUCUCCCUAAAGCCUUCGGAAGAGGAGGCCUGUAUUUCUCACUUCAUUCCUCUGCACCUUGAAGCCCACUUGCCCAAUUUUGAGAGCAUCAGCGAGGGAGCCAGCAAAGAGUACUCACUGGAGAAGGCCAUGGAGCGCAUGGCAGGUGAAUGGGCAGGCAUGAAGUUCAAUCUGCUGCCCUACCGUGAGACUGGCACGUCCAUUCUGUCUUCGAUGGACGAGAUCCAGAUGCUGCUGGACAAUCGUAUAGUCAAGACUCAGACGAUGCGAGGCUCACCCUUCAUUAAACCCUUUGAAACUGAGAUACGAGACUGGGAGGGUAAGCUGCUGCUGUUGCAGGAGAUUUUAGACGAGUGGCUUAAGAUGCAGUCCACGUGGCUCUACCUGGAGCCCAUAUUCAGUUCUCCAGACAUCAUGGCUCAGAUGCCAGAGGAGGGACGCCGCUUCACUACUGUGGACAAAACCUGGAGGGACAUCAUUAAGCAAGUCAGCCUGGACAAGCAUGUCCUGGCUGUAGUGGGCAUCAAGAAGAUGUUGGAGAAGCUUAAGAAGAGCAACAAGUUCCUGGAGCUUAUCCUGAAAGGCUUGAACAAAUAUUUGGAAAAGAAAAGACUCUUCUUCCCUUGCUUCUUCUUUCUGUCCAACGACGAGCUACUGGAGAUUCUGUCCGAGACGAAAGACCCAACCAGAGUCCAGCCGCAUCUGAAGAAGUGUUUCGAGGGCAUUGCCAGUGUGGUGUUCACUGACGUUCUGGACAUCACACACAUGAAAAGCAGCGAGGGUGAGGUGGUAGAGCUGCUGGACAUCAUCUCCACUUCUAAAGCUCAUGGCCAGGUUGAGAAAUGGUUCUUUGAGCUGGAGAGUGGCAUGCUCAAGUCCCUACACAAGGUGAUAGCGGAGGCACUCGAGGCGUACCCUAAAGAGCAGCGGAUCAACUGGUGUGGCAGAUACCGAGUGACUCUGGGAGCACUGUUGGUGUUGGACGUGCACGCUCGUGACGUCUUGGCCUCGCUUGUGCACAAGGGCGUGGACGACGAGAACAACUUCGAAUGGCUCAGCCAGCUUCGUUAUUACUGGAUUGAGAAUCAGCUUCAGACCAAAAUGAUUAACGCAGGCCUGGCUUAUGGCUACGAGUACCUGGGGAACACGCCACGUCUGGUCAUCACCCCUCUCACCGAUCGCUGCUACAGAACCCUUUUUGGAGCCCUGAACUUGCAUUUAGGAGGAACUCCUGAAGGUCCAGCAGGUACAGGGAAGACCGAGACAACUAAAGACCUAGCCAAAGCUGUGGCUAAGCAGUGUGUCGUGUUCAACUGCUCGGAUGGUCUUGAUUACAUUGCCUUGGGCAAGUUCUUUAAGGGCUUGCUAUCCUGUGGCGCGUGGGCAUGCUUUGACGAGUUCAACCGCAUUGACCUGGAGGUGCUGUCUGUGGUGGCGCAACAAAUUUUCACCAUUCAGAGAGGGAUCGCAGAUCAUGUCGAGACGCUGAUGUUCGAGGGUACGGAGUUAAAGCUCAACCCGUCCUGUGCUGUCUUCAUCACUAUGAACCCAGGAUACGCCGGUCGCUCCGAGCUACCUGAUAACCUGAAGGCCCUGUUCCGCACCGUGGCCAUGAUGGUUCCUGACUACGCCCUGAUCGCAGAGAUCGUGCUCUACUCUUGCGGUUUUGUAACCGCUCGUCCUCUCUCAGUGAAGAUUGUGGCCACGUAUCGCCUCUGCUCCGAGCAGCUGUCCUCUCAGUGCCACUACGAUUACGGCAUGAGGGCCGUCAAAUCCGUCCUGACCGCUGCUGGAAACUUGAAGCUGAAGUUUCCAGAGGAGAACGAGGACAUUCUUCUGCUGAGGUCCAUCAUCGAUGUUAACCUUCCCAAAUUUUUGGCCCAUGAUCUGCCACUGUUUGAGGGAAUCACUUCAGAUCUUUUUCCUGGAGUAAAGCUCCCAAAAGCAGACUAUAGCAUCCUGCUGGAGGCCAUUAAAGAGAACAGUGAGAAGAUGAACCUGCAGGUGACCGAUUUCUUUGCCGAGAAGAUCCUGCAGAUUUUUGAGAUGAUGAUCGUUCGUCACGGCUUCAUGCUGGUGGGAGAGCCGUUCGGAGGGAAGACUAGCACCUAUCGAGUCCUCGCCGCCGCCUUUAACGAUAUCUGCGAGAAGGGCUUAAUGGAUGAGAACAAGGUUCAGAUCACCGUUAUCAACCCCAAGUCCAUCACCAUGGGUCAGCUGUACGGUCAAUUCGACCCUGUCUCACAUGAGUGGUCAGACGGCAUACUUGCUAUGAGCUACAGAGCCUUUGCCACAUCUCAGACACCAGACAGGAAGUGGCUGAUCUUUGAUGGCCCUGUGGAUGCAGUGUGGAUUGAGAACAUGAACACAGUGCUUGAUGACAAUAAGAAACUGUGCCUGAUGAGCGGUGAGAUCAUCCAGAUGUCUCCACAAAUGAGCCUCAUCUUCGAACCCAUGGACCUGGAGGUGGCUUCACCCGCUACGGUGUCUCGCUGCGGUAUGAUCUACAUGGAGCCUCAUAUGCUGGGCUGGAGGCCACUAAUGAUCUCCUGGCUCAACACCCUGCCGUCCACACUGAGCUCCAUGCAGAGAGACCUCAUCACCGGCCUCUUCGACCGCAUGCUGCCCACCUGCCUGCAGCUCAUCCGCAAAGGGACCAAGGAGUUGUCUCCGACAACCGACACCAACCUGGCACGCUCCCUGAUGAACCUGAUGGAUUGCAUGAUGGACGAGUUUAGGGAUGAGGGCCAGAUGAAGGCCAUGAGCGAUAGAGAUGUGUGUUCCUGGCUUGAGGGUAUUUUUGUGUUCUCUCUGGUGUGGUCAGUGGGUGCCAGCUGCACAGAGCCUGGGAGAGUGAAGUUUGAUGGUCUGGUGAGAGAGCUGCUAACCGGUGCACUGUCUGAGGAGACACGAUCAAGCCAUGGCAUCCUGGAGCACAUAGAAGCACCAAGCAAGCAGCUGACGGUUCCCUUACCUGCCGAGGGAACUCUCUAUGAGUACCGCUUCAUCAAAGAGGGUCCGGGCAGAUGGGAGCUGUGGACCGAAGAGCUGAAGCUGGUGCCACCGAUCCCCAAGGACGUGCAGUUCAAUGAGAUCAUCGUACCCACAGAGGAUACAGUGCGCUACACGGCUCUGAUGGAGCUGCUCGUCACGCACCAGAAGCCCAGCAUCUUUGUGGGGCCCACAGGAACCGGCAAGAGUGUGUACAUCAUAGACUUCCUGUUGAAGCGGCUCAACAAGGAUACAUACAAUCCUCUGCUAAUCAACUUUUCAGCCCAAACCACAGCGGCUCAGACACAGAACAUCAUCAUGUCCAAGCUGGACAAGAGGCGCAAAGGAGUGUCUGGUCCCCCGCUGGGAAGGAAGAUGGUGGUGUUCGUGGAUGAUGUGAAUAUGCCUGCAAGAGAGACGUACGGUGCUCAGCCUCCUGUGGAGCUUCUGUGCCAGUGGCUGGACCACUGGAAUUGGUAUGACAUGAAGGACUGCUCCAUGAUCAACCUGGUGGACAUCCAGCUGAUGUGUGCCAUGGGGCAUCCUGGUGGUGGAAGAAACCCAGUGACACCUCGCUUCCUCCGUCAAUUUUAACACAGUUACAAUUAAUGAAUUUGAUGAGAAGACCAUGCACACCAUUUUCUCCAGAAUCUUAAACUGGCACUUGUCUAUACGACUUCCCUUUCCUCCGGCAUUUGCCAGCCUCACCUCUCAGAUAGUGGGUGCCACCCUGGCAGUGUAUCAGGAGACCACUAAGAAUUUGCUGCCUACCCCAGCCAAGUCUCAUUAUCUUUUCAACCUGCGGGAUUUCUCCCGCGUCAUCCAGGGCAUUUGCUUAUCUUGCCCAGAGACUGCAGAUGAGCCCAAAGCUAUUAAACGCUUGUGGGUACAUGAGGUGCAGAGAGUUUAUUAUGACCGCUUGGUUCACCCAUCAGACCGCACCUGGAUGGUGGGUUUCUUGCAAGAGGUCUGCAAGUCCCACCUAAAGGAGGACUUCCAUCAGCUUUUCAAGCACCUGGACUUUGAUGCUGAUGGAUGCGUAACUGAAGAUGACUUGCGCAGCCUCAUGUUUUGUGAUUUUCAUGACCCCAAGGGUGAAGACCUCAACUACCCUGAGGUUGGUGACAUUGAUCAGUUGUGGCAAGUGGUGGAAGCCCAUCUAGAGGAGUUUAAUAACAUCAGCAAAGCACCCAUGUAACCCUUGUGCUCUUCCGAUUCACCAUCGAGCAUGUCUGCAGGAUCUCUCGUAUCCUAAAACAGCCACGGGGUCAUGCGCUUCUGGUCGGUGUUGGAGGGAGUGGUCGGCAGUCCCUGACUCGUCUGGCUGCUCACAUGGCUGAGGCCGAGCUCUUCCAGGUGGAGAUCUCCAGGAGUUAUGGGAUGACAGAAUGGCGGGAAGACCUAAAACACAUUAUGCUCAAAUCAACAUCAACACGGCGAUACCCAUGGUGUCUUCCUCUUUAUUGACACCCAGAUAAAGAUGGAGUCAUUCCUCGAAGAUGUUAGCAAUUUGCUCAACACAGGUGAAGUUCCUAAUCUCUUUGCCGUGGAUGAGAAGCAGGAGAUCUGCGAACGGAUGCGGGUCUUGGAUCGCCAACGGGAGCAGGAGAAGCAGACAGAUGGAAGUCCUCUCGCACUGUACAAGAUGUUUGUAGAGUGUUGUCGGAGCCAGUUGCAUGUGGUGCUGGCCAUGAGUCCAAUAGGUGACACCUUCAGAGGCCGCCUGCGACGUUUCCCUGCACUUAUCAACUGCUGCACCAUAGACUGGUUCCAGGAAGCAUCUUGAAUGGACCUCCAUGAAGACAUGGUUUGACAGACCUGGCCUGAUGAUGCUCUACAGGCUGUGGCAUCUCGGUUCCAGGAGGACAUUGAGAUGACGGAUGAUGCUUGUGCUGGCUGCAUAGACAUGUGCCAAAGCUUCCACACUUCCACCAUCAAUCUCUCGACACGCUUUCUGGCUGAGCUGCAGCGCCACAACUACGUCACCCCAACCUCCUACCUGGAGCUCAUCUCCACCUUCAAAAGCCUACUGGAAAGCAAGAGGGCAUAAGAAUAAAAGCUUUUAUUUGUCACAUAUACAUUGGACCACAGUGAAAUUCUUUCUUCACUUAUCCCAACACUGAUAAGUUAUACAGUGCCUCUGGAGCAGUGAGGGUUAAGGGCCUUGCUCAAGGGCUCAACAGCGGCAGCUCGGCAGCACUGAUCCUAUGAUCAACAACCCAAAGCCUUACAGGCUUGAGCCACCACUGCCCCAGACCCUUAAGACAUUUAAGCAAGAGAGUGUAAGGCUCUUUAUCCAUGACCAUAAGAGUUUGGGGUGCAUUUACAUGUUUUGAAUUUCAGCUAUAGGAAAAAUUUCAACAUGUAUAUUACUAUGUUAAUCCUUGUCAUCAUAAAAAUUGUCAUCUUUCCUCGGCAGUGAGG